AUGGUGCGUCAGCUGUACGAUGACAUGAUGGCGCGAGUCACGGAAAAUAGAGCUGUCUCAGAGGCAUUCCCAGUGACCAACGGAGUGAAGCAGAGCUGCAUCCUCGCGCCUACCCUAUCCAGUCUCAUGUUUUCCGCCAUGCUGAUGGACUACUACCGUGAAGAAAACUUUGGGAUUUGCAUCGCCUACAGGGCGGACGGUCAACGCCCCAAACAUCGGCGGAUGCACCUCCAGUCGCGUGUAUCCACGACCACCGUCCACGAACUUCUGUUCGCCGAUGACUGGCCCUCGAUGCAACUACUGAAGUAG